GUGGCUUUGUGACGCAGAAUAAGGUUUACCAGCAAAGGGCUGAAGUUAACAAUUUAUAUGGACGACGUUAAUCCUAUGAUAUUUUGCUAUAUCUAAAGUUAAUUAUUUAUUUUCACUAGAUCUAAUCCAACUCUCAGACGUUAGGUUUUGGUAGGUCCAAAUUGUAAAUCCUGACCUUAACGCUACAUUCAUUGUCCGAGUGAAUUCCGUGAGUUAUUGUGGCUUCCGUUUUACAACUACCGUUAGCUAGCUACAGUAGCUUUAGUUUAGCUUUUACAACUGGACAAAAGAAAGACCAACUGGUUGUCGCUUGGCCUUGUUGUUCAGCCUUCGACAUUUUGCUUUAAAUUUGGGAUAUAAAGCCAACUUGGUGUCUUUGCUAUUCAACGUCAGGCUGAUGAGAUAGUAUCUUGUUUCGAAAAUGAAAACUGAAGUCUCAACAGCGGCCAGCUUUGUUGCCAGAUUGCUGAAAACAACUGGAUACUUGUCAGAUGACCAACUGAAAGAGUUCACCCAUUCCUUGGAGGAAGCUUUAGGAGAGCACUACCAACACCACUGGUUCCCCCAGGCUCCAUGCAAAGGCUCGGGAUACAGAUGUCUCAGGAUCAACCACAAAAUGGACCCGUUGAUUGGCAAAGCAGCUUGCACCAUUGGACUUACUCGAGAACAACUCUUCUCCCUGCUGCCCAGUGAACUGACAAUGUGGGUCGAUCCAUUUGAGGUGUCCUAUCGGAUAGGAGAGGAUGGCUCCAUCUGCAUCCUCUACGAGUCCACUCCACCAGUGCCAACUAAUGCCAACACAACAGACAUGAUCAGCUGCAAGGAAGAACUGAGAUUCGGGAGGUCAAGCCCCUCCAAGUCGUUCAACAUGAUGACAGUCUCAGGCUAAUAUUUUUAAUGUUCAGAGCUUUACCUGGGCACUUCUGUAUCAUUUCUGCCUCACCUUUUGAUGUAAUUAAUUCUGACAUUAAAGAUUUUAGUAUUACUGCCUAAACCCAAUUUGUUUAUUGUGAAUUUCAUGAAAAGCAUCUAUACUUUUUUCAAUGAGUUCCAUGAUCUGUAAAUGAUCACUGUCUUGAAACAAAAGUUUUACAGAUUUAUAUUACAAAUAGUCAUAUUCUUGUGUAUUUGUAAUAAAUUCCUCA